AUGUUCAGCCGGUCGCUAUUGGGUAAUUUUGCCAGAAGUGCAGUUAUUGCAAGCAGGAGCACGCCUGCCUCUUCACUGUUGCAGUGUAAGGCUGCUUCUGUAUUACCGUUGCAUAGCACAACAGCCAUUCAAAAUCUUGCCCUAAUUCUUUCUAGGGGAUUCAAAGUCAGGACUUCAGUGAAGAAAUUUUGCAGCGAUUGCUAUAUCGUUAGGAGGAAAGGAAGAGUAUACGUUUACUGCAAGUCCAACAAGAAGCAUAAGCAACGCCAAGGCUGA